CUGCCACUCUCGCAAUCGCUCUCAGGCACUGAGAAGUAGAAACGACAGAAACCCGUACAUCCACCUCCGACGUCUUCUUCUCAACACAAUUUUUCCUCAGCAAGAGAAAUUGAAAGAAAUCAGAAACAACAUGUAGAAGGUUUUCACAGUGGCUGAAGACAUAAAGGUUAAGAUUCAGUUGGAGAAGUAGAGAAACAAAAGAGGAAGAGCUGCUGGAGGAAGAACCCGACAGCCUUCUGCUGUUUAUUUCCUUUUCUCUGCCACUGGAUCCAACUUUCUUUGUUUUUUUACAAUUAUGAGCCGAAUUUAUAAGCUAAAGACUGUGAGUUCCCGAACAUCAGCGUCUGCAACUGAGGGGAAGCCUGGAGCUCAAUUGCUCAGUUUGAAGAUAAGACAACAAGAACACCAUGCACAGAUGCACGACUCAGAAGCACAGCAGCAACAAGGUCAACUGCGUAGUCAGAUGUUCAGGAUACAGCUUGAAAACCAAAAGCUGGAAAUGAAACUAAAUCAACUCUGCAGUCAGGAGACUCGCGAAGAAGCAGCAGCCAAUCAACCUGUACAGAAACAGCUUAGACCAUUUCAAUUAAAGGAGCAGAAUUGCAACAGGACACCACAAUUGAUACAGUUUCACCAAAAGAUACAACAAGACCAUGAGCCAGACAACCAGAUGGCACAGCCAAAGGAUGAAGAAAUAUGUAAAACACAGAAAAGUGUACAGCCCUUACAACAGCAUGAUGACAGCCAGAGAACCCAGUCAAAACUGCACCAAUUAAACCAGUCAAAUUUUUGCACAUCCUUUACCAUCAAUCCUAAAUCUAGUCACUCUCCUGAGAAUCAUCCAAAGAACCCGGGCAGGAGUCUCACUGUUCCUCCUCCAUCAGCCUCUCCUUCUAUCUCUCCCUCCCAAUCCCCCUCUCUCCCUCUUUUCUCUCUCAGGAAUUCAGCAGCAGGGCUGAGCAAGAGGGGAAAGACCAUCACCAUUAACCCCAGGACAUUAGGCACAGGAAUGUCUUCACUACCCUCUCCGGGGGUGACAGGAUUACCUCCUUCAGCACCUAGUCCCACCCCCCAUGUUACAGAGGAGAAGGGAAAGAAGAGAUAUCCCACUGUGGAAGAGAUAGAGGUUAUUGGCGGUUAUCAGAUCCUGGAGAAGUCAUGCUUGGCCAAAGGUAGUCAGAAAACAGUGAAGGUGUCUUUUGAUGAGGUACAACUGGAGCAACUGUUUGAGUACCCACCUGAAAGCUCUCUGCUAGCCUCCUUCCUCUCUCCCCCUCGGCCAGGCAAUGAGACAGAGGAGAGAAAAGAGGAUGAGGAGGAUGAAGAUGAUGAGGAAGAGAAAGAAGUAUUUUUAUUGAGGAGCAGCAGAACUGUCACGCCCAAGUUUCACUUGCUAAAAUUUUCUUUAUAGACAUCUAUAGCCCUUUUCUGUAUGUUCAUGACUGCAUACAAAAAUUCAGUCCCCAUUCCCUUAAUUAUUGCAAUAGAUACGGCGCCCAAUGCAGCAUUAGAAAACGGACCAGAGGAGUCCAGUUGGUCCAGUUCAUGGAGCAAAAAAACUACUUGUUUUCCGCAUAGAAUGGCUGAGUGAAUUUCCAUGGCUGAAGAAACAAUAAAUAAAUUAACGAAAUGUACUAUGUGUAUUGUACUCAGUGUGGAAUAGCCAGCGCUGGUUAUACAAAAUCUGCAACAGCCUCAGCUAACUUUAAACAAGAAGCUGCUGAGUUGCAUAAUGACAACAUCAAGCAUAGACAGUGAGACAAAUGCAUGACGCGAGAAGCAGCUCCCUCGCCGCGGGCUUUCAAGUCCCGUCCACCGUAAAAAAAAAAAGACUGGACCUAGUCAAUGAUUUUGCCCAUAGAGGUAAAGUUUAAAAAUGAUAUCUUCCUAUGAGCAAACGAUUACACAACUCAUUUUGCAAACAAUAUGUUUUGCAUAUCAGUUUUUUGUAGAAAAUUAUAUUUUACAUUUUCAUUCCCGGGCCUGGAUAUUUGUUUUUAUUUUUGUAAGACAGAAACCUAGAAGCUAGCUAUGCAUGUCUAUUUAAAAAAAAAAAAACUUAAUUAUGCAUUUUUAUUUUUCCAAAAGAGAGUUAUGUUUUCUGUUAUAUGUUCUCUGCUCUCAUUUUCAUAUUGUCAUGCAAUAGUAAGUUCCGGGGGGCAUUUUGAAAUAUGCUUUUAUUAGAAUGUUUUAAUGUUCUUUAUUGCAUUUUAUUACAUUUUGCACUCAAAUGCGCUCCAUUCAUUUGAAUAUUAAACACCAUUGCGCCCCAUUUAACUCUAAGUCUUUCUCCUUUCAUCUCAUUUUAAAUAGCCACGUCUGACAAUAAAUGCAAAUUUCAACAUUU